AUGGAGAGAACGGAGAGAUUUGAAGAUGAUCUAAAACCUGAUCUUUAUUGGGAUGAAUAUUGGAAGAUUGUUAAAGAUGCCAAAACCCCUACAAGAGAGCCCAAGUAUCCAAAUCUCACCAAAUUUGUUGAAAUUCUUGCCUCGUUUCCAUUGUCCAACGCACCUGUCGAGAGAGUUUUUAGCAUACUGAAGCGAAUCAAAACCGAGCACCGCACAUCUCUAAAGUUGUCAUCAUUAGUGGCGUUACUUCAAUGUAGAAUGGCAAUGAAGAAUGACAAGUUAACGUCUGCGCGUUUGAAACCAAGCCAAAGAGCUUUGGAUCUUGCAGAUAAAAUGAAAGCAAGUGCCACUGAUGAAAAAGCCAAAGAGCCAAGAAAGAAAUUUCUUGAUGAAUUAUUCAGUGAAGAGAAC